AGAGCCUGGCAAGCAGGGCUGAUGCUGGCAGGAGCCCUUAGCAGCAUUAAGUGAAUGAGGAGCACCGGGAGCGACAGCCAGAGCAGGUGUUGGGGGCCCCGAGAAAGCUUCUGGCUACACUUGAUUCCCAGCCUGCUGAAGGAACCCGAGCGCCAUGACUCUGGCCGCGUACAAAGAGAAGAUGAAGGAGCUCCCCCUUGUGUCCUUGUUCUGCUCCUGCUUCCUGGCCGACCCCUUGAACAAACCAGUGUAUAAAUACGAAGCAGACACCGUCGACCUCACCUGGUGCGUCAUUUCGGACAUGGAAGUCAUCGAGCUGAACAAGCGCACCUCGGGCCAGUCCUUCGAGGUGAUCCUAAAGCCGCCGUCCUUCGACGGGAUCCCCGAGUUCAACGCCUCCCUGCCCCGGCGGCGCGACCCCUCGCUGGAGGAGAUCCAGAAGAAGCUGGAGGCGGCUGAGGAGCGGCGGAAGUACCAGGAAGCGGAGCUCCUGAAGCACCUGGCGGAGAAGCGGGAGCACGGGCGGGAGGUCAUCCAGAAAGCCAUCGAGGAGAACAACAACUUCAUCAAGGCGGCCAAGGAGAAGCUGGCGCAGAGGAUGGAGUCCAACAAGGAGAACCGGGAGGCCCACUUGGCCGCCAUGCUGGAACGCCUGCAGGAGAAGGACAAACAUGCGGAAGAGGUGCGGAAAAACAAGGAGCUCAAGGAAGAAGCCUCCAGGUAGAGAGGCCAGGACGAUGGCGGUUUGGACUGACAGCGCCGGUGAAGCUUUGCGACCGAUGAUGGGGAGUUCCUCUGCUUGCUUUGUUUGUGAAUGUAAAGAAUUGACCAGUGAAGCCAUCCUAUUUGUUUUGGGGGUGGGAGGGGAGAUGGGGAGGAGAGAGAUGGGGCAGGGAGGUGUUUGUUGGAGGGAGGAUGGGGAGGGCUGGGGGGGAAUAGACACACCCCGUUUGGGAAGUCUACAAUCCUCUCCACGGUUUCAUUUUUACUUCCUCAUCAUUAGUGUCCAAGAAAGAGUCCAAACGAACAAAGGGUCGGUGACGCUGGCUGUUAGGGGAGGUGACAUGACGGGGUGGGAGAGGGAUGCACAGCGUGGGUGACUUUAAUUUGGGGAUCAGGGCUGAGCGGACGGGGCUGCCCUGUCUGCAUCUCUCUGUAACUGUGGGCAGGAAAGUCGUCUCUCGGGGGUGCGUGUAGCCUGUUCUGUGUUUGCCAUGAACUUUGGUCAUUAAUACAAAUGAAACAUCUCCUCUCCGUGUCUCGGUCUUAUUCUUCUUUCUGUCUCUAAUGGCAGGCCUGUUGGGGGCCUGGCGCUGUUUGGCUUUGUUCUUCCCAGAAGCUCUUGCAGUCUUUUGGAAAUAAUGCUUUGCCAGCAAUUCAGUAUUGUCAGACAUUAAUUAACAGGUUUCCCACCCUCUCCCCCCAUGAAUGAGAAACAAUAGCUUCCUAGGAUGGCGUUAUCUGGUUGUAGGAGACACUUGUUUGGCUGCAGUGAAGUGAAGUUCAAAAUCCCUGUGAUCUCCCUGAGAGUGAGGAUUUGUCAGAGAGAGCCCAGGAUGUCUCUUCUAAUGAGAGAUCCCUUUUUCUAGGUAUGGAGCAGCAGAAAAUUUUGCUGCAGGUUGGAGUGAGGAAAGCGGUGGGAGGGCAAAAGGCACCUGUGGCUGGGAUUUCUGGGAGAAGAGACGUUUGGCUCCGUGGUGAGCUAGAGAGAAUCCAGCGCAGGGCAGCGGAAGUGAUGCUGAUGCAAGAAGUAGAGAAGAGGAGGGACUGAGGGAGCGCGGAUGAUAGAGCCAGGGAAGACGGGGGUGGGUAUCCGAUCACAGGUUAUAACUAGCUUCAGGCUAGCUGUGCCCAUGGAGAGGAGAAUUAUUGCUAAGGCCAGCAGGACAAGGAGUGAUGUCCCGAAGGGAAGUGAGGAAAAACUGAAGAUAGCUCUUCAGAAUGGUUUUGUCCAAGCUGGGCGGUGGAGUGGGCUCCCAGAGGAGAUGACGGAUGCCUCCUUGUUACAGAGUUCCAAGGGCACAUUAGGAAGGAAGAUAGUGGAAAGGGGUGACCGCCAGAUCCCUGGGUCGGGUUGCACUGAAAGACCAGCCAAUGCUGGUGUUCACAGCCCCAUGAGUGGGCUUGACCUGCCCUCUCACUCCUGGAAAAAGCAGGAAGGCUGAGGUGCGGUCCAGCCAGCUCUGAGCCAGAAGGCAGAGAGCCGGAGCAGCUGGCCUGCAGACAAAGCCUUCCAGCUAGACCGAGCCCUACCCGCCACAUCGAUUUCCAGCAAGUGAGGUCUCGCUGGCCACUCCAGCCGGAUAAGGCUUUUAGGGCAUUGAUUAACUGAGGGGCCUUGAUAAAAUGGCCUCUCUGGAGCUUUUAUGAUGAGAGCAAUUAAUCAGGGCCCAUCUCUUCAGAGAACAGCUCGGCACCAGAUCUGGCUGUGGGAGCUGGUGGGAGGGGGUGGGGAAGAGGCCAGGGAGUCUGUUCCAGUUGUGGCACCAGCUGUCUUUUUGUAUACAACCGUUGUAAAUAAACUGCCUUGGCAUUUC